GAAGUAUGAAUAGGAAAGACAGCAAGAGGAAAUCCCACCAGGAAUGCUCGGGGAAGGCAGGAGGCCGGGGCCGGCCCCGCCAGGCCCCUCGCCGCCACAAGACCUGCCCCAGUCCCCGGGAGAUCAGCAAGGUCAUGGCCUCCAUGAAUCUGGGCAUGCUGGGCGAGGGCAGCUACAGCGAAGAUGAGCUGCUGGAGAAAUGCAUCCAGUCCUUCGACUCCAGUGGCAGCCUKCGCCGUGGGGACCACGUUCUCAACAUGGUGCUGGCCAUGCACAGCUGGGUGCUGCCUUCUGCUGAACUUGCUGCCCGGCUGCUGGCUUUAUAUCCUCCUACCAGGAGGCUGCAGAGGACACCYGGGAGCUGAGGCAGUUGCAGAUCUGUCACUUGGUCAGGUACUGGAUGGCCCAACACCCAGAGGCCAUGCGCCAGGAGCCCCAGCUAGAAGAGGUCAUAGGUCGUUUCUGGGCCGCGGUGGCCCAGGAGGGCAACUCAGCCCAGAGGAGCCUGGGAGAUGCUUCCCACUUCCUGAGCCCUGGUGGCCCUGGGCCCCCACCUCUCACGAGCAGCCCAGGCCUGGGCAAAAAAUGCAAAGUGUCCUUGCUUUUCGAUCACCUGGAGUCGGAGGAGUUGGCCCAGCACCUCACGUACCUGGAGUUCCGGUCCUUCCAGGCCAUCACGCCCCAGGACCUGCGGGGCUACGUUUUGCAGGGCUCCGUGAGGGGCUGCCCAGCCCUGGAGGGUUCCGUGGGCCUCAGCAACAGCGUGUCCCGCUGGGUGCAGGUCAUGGUGCUGAGCCGCCCUGGAGCUGCUCAGCGUGCGCAGGUGCUGGACAAGUUCAUUCAUGUGGCACAGAGACUCCGCCAGCUACAAAAUUUCAACACACUGAUGGCGGUCACAGGGGGUCUGUGUCAUAGUGCCAUCUCCAGACUCAAGGACUCCCAGGCCCACCUGAGCCCUGACAGCACCAAGGCCCUGCUGGAGCUGACAGAGCUUCUCGGCUCCCACAACAACUACGCCCGCUACCGCCGCACCUGGGCUGGCUGCAGCGGCUUCCGGCUGCCUGUUCUGGGUGUGCACCUCAAGGACCUGGUGUCCCUGCACGAGGCACAUCCUGACCGGUUACCAGAUGGCCGCCUGCAUCUGCCCAAGUUGAACAGCCUCUACCUGCGGCUGCAGGAGUUGGCAGCCCUCCAGGGACAGCAUCCCCCCUGCAGCGCCAACGAGGACCUGCUGCAUCUGCUCACCCUCUCCCUGGAUCUCUUCUACACGGAGGACGAGAUCUACGAGCUGUCCUACGCCCGGGAGCCCCGCUGUCCCAAGAGCCUGCCGCCCUCUCCCUUCAAAGCACCUGUGGUGGUCGAGUGGACCACUGGUGUGACACCCAAGCCCGACAGGGUCACCCUGGGUCGACACGUGGAACAGCUGGUGGAGUCCGUGUUCAAGAACUACGACCCUGAAGGCCGCGGCACCAUCUCGCAGGAGGACUUUGAACGGCUGUCGGGCAACUUCCCCUUCGCCUGCCACGGGCUGCACCCGACCCCCCGCCAGGGGCGUGGCUCCUUCAGCAGAGAGGAGCUGACGGGGUACCUGCUGCACGCCAGCGCCAUCUGCUCCAAGCUGGGCCUGGCCUUCCUGCACACCUUCCACGAGGUCACCCUGCGCAAGCCCACCUUCUGUGACAACUGCAGCGGCUUUCUCUGGGGUGUCACCAAGCAAGGCUACCGCUGCCGGGACUGUGGCCUCUGCUGCCACAAACACUGCAGGGACCAAGUGAAGGUGGAAUGUAAGAAAAGACCAGGGCCCAAGGGUGACGCGGGACCCCCAGGAGCCCCUGUCCCACCCACACCACCUCCUCAUGCCAGCUCUGACGCUGAGGAGAGUCUGUCCUACACACUCUCCCUGGAACCUGAGACUGGGUACCACCUUUGCCAUGCUUGGACCCAGACAGAGUCCCCACACCCUUCCUGGGAACCAGAGACGGUCUCCUCUCCAGAGCCGGUCCCACCACCCACCUCCUCCUCCAAGCCAGAUUCCUAGACAUCAUCUUGGGCUUGUCUCUCCCUCACAGCCCCCACCCCAGGACCCCCAGACAUCCCCUUCCCCACACCCACAGGGCCUUUGAUGACGCAUCCAUCAUCACUUGACCUCCCAGAAAAGUUCUGUUCUUCCAUCGUGUGGCAGGAGCUAUUAAUCCCACUCCAUUUCCCACACGUAGCAUGUGCCGCUCAGUGUUGGGCGCAUGUAGACCGAGGCUCACCGUCGCCCAAAUCUCCACUCACCAGGUUAGGAGGGAGGCUGGCGAGGUCAGGCUGCUGGCCAAGGGGGCAG